CCGAUCAGGCUAUUCGAGAAGGAGGGGCAAAGCUAUAUUUAACAGUCAGUUUCAGAUCUUUAAUUGACUGGAUAGAAGCAUAGUGCACCAAGAUACUCCAUCAUGGCUCAUGGUUCUGAGGCCAACAGCUCUGGGGUCACAAAGCAAUUAUGUGAAUGGAUUCAAAAUGUCUCAAUGGACGAUGUCCCUGAGGACAUUCGCACCAGAGCAAAAUACCUUAUUCUUGACGGUCUUGCUUGUGCAAUUAUAGGCUCUCACCUUCCCUGGACACAGACGGCAGCGCUGGCCAUCUUUGAUAUGGAGUCUCCUGGAAACUGCAGUGUUUGGGGCUAUGACAAAAAAAUCGGCCCUCUACCUGCUGCACUGUUGAAUAGUACAGCAAUCCAGGGCUUCGAGCUCGAUGAUUGGCAUCUAGCAGCCCCUCUUCAUUCGAACUCCCUCAUUCUCCCAGCCCUCUUUGCAGCAGCCAGUAACGAACAUGCUAAGCAUUCCACCAAAUCAAAUGGCAAAAAUUUUCUACUUUCCGUCAUUGCCGGCUACGAAACAGGGCCUAGAGUUGGCCAUGCCUUGUAUGGGAAAGAAAUGCUUACACGUGGCUGGCAUUCUGGCGCUGUAUUUGGCCCAUCAGCUUCUGCCGCAGCCGUCAGCAAGCUUCUCAGUCUCCCCGCCGCAUCUAUCGAGGACGCACUGGGCAUAGCCUGCACUCAGGCUGGAGGGCUUAUGGCGGCGCAGUUUGGGAGUGACGCGAAACGCAUGCAGCAUGGCUUUGCGGCCAGGAAUGGUCUUUUGGGGGCGUUGUUGGCUAGACAGGGGUAUACUGGAAUCAAGAACGUGUAUGAGGAGCCGUAUGGCGGCUUCCUUGCCAUGUUUGGAGAAGGUUCGGGUAAGGAGCCUCGGUACUUGACUGAGGAAGUUUCAAAAGACCUGGGACAGACAUGGCAGUUGCGCAUGAUUGGCGUCAAACUUCAUGCUUCAAUGGCUGGUACGCAUUGUACAAUUGAUUGCGUGCAAGCAUUACAAAAUAAAUACCCCGAGCAAUUAUCCAAUCUAGGGGAAAUUGCCAGUAUCAAGCUUGAUAUGGGCGAAGCUGAAUGGAAACACGGCGGGUUUGACAUCAAGCGGCCUGUGUCAACGACCGGGGCGCAGAUGAGUGCAAUGUACACAACGGCUACCCAGCUCGUUGAUGGCCAGGUUUUAGCCAACCAGUUCCGUCACGAUAAGCUCGAUAGAGAUAUUAUCUGGGAAUUGAUUCAUAAGACUCAAUGUGUGCAUGACCCAGAGGUAGGGGGGAAAUAUGGACAGCGUGUCACGAUCAUCUUGAAGGACGGGACGGUGCUAACACAGACAUUGGAAGGCCCAAGAAGUGUCUACCCAGGGUUGACAAACGAGGAGAUUCUUGACAAGUGGCGGCGUUUGACACAGGGGAUUAUUGAGGAAAAGCGAAGGGAUAAGAUUGAGAAGUUGGUGUUGGGUAUUGAGGACUUGGAAGAUGUGUCUGUUUUGGACGAGUUGUUGGCUGGUCCGAUUGCAAAUCCAAUUGCGUGAUAUUCAUAUCCAAAUUCGUUAUCUAUUCUGCUCCGUUAUUUUAUGCAUAUCAAAACUCGUCGUAGUAAAGCUGAAAAUUAUGAUUCUGUACGUAUAGCCAGGGGACUAAGCGAGAAGAAAAAAGCCUUGGAAGUAGAAGAAGUUGCUUUUUAUUGGGCUGAUAUUCUAUCUUGACUUACAAUUAUCUUG